CAAUUUUUCUUUCUUUAAUAGGCCACCCAGAAAUCUUUCCUUUAGUUAUAACUCCAAAUACCCAGGAAAUUUUUAAUUGCCGAGUUGAUGAAGAUGUCACAGAAGAAAAUUGUUUCAAAUGUAUUAAAAAAGAGGACAUCAUUCAGGACCUGAAAACAAGAGCUAAAGUUUCUGAUUUCUACCCUGUGAAAAAAGUUGUCUCAGAAUAUCCAGGGGAAGAACUCUUGCUAGUUUUUGAUGCAAAGCUCCAGUAUGGACAGAACUUUUACAUUGUUGCUUCUGAAGAAGCCAAGGAAAACCUUUUAAAGCCUCCAGAAACUGAAGAAGAAGAAGAAGAAGAAAAUAUAGAGGAAACUCUAGAAUUCCAUCCUUGUAAGGCUCUUGUCCCCAAACCUUGGGUUUCUCUUGGGAGUGAAAAGGAAGUUGAAGAAGAAUCUGUUAAAGACACUGUUACAAAGAUUCAGUAUAAGAUUUCUCGAGCACGCAGGAAGUUUGGUGCACCAAUUACAUUUACUGAUAAGAAUGCUUCAGAUGUAAACGAUAGUUAUGCUGAAUGCACAUCCUAUCAAGACACAACUUUCAGUAUUAAAAUACUUCAAAAAGAUGUGGGGAUACAAAUGGUUCCUAAAGUCAGAGAAGCUAGUACUCAGACAAAAUGGAUCUAUCGAAAAAAUGCAGCCACCCAGUAUUUCUCUAGGCAGUUGUCAAAUGAAGAGGAAGCAGAGAGUCUGUCACCUGAGAGCCUGAAGGAAUUUCUUACAGCAGUACAUUUAAGAAUGGAAAUUGCAUUGCAGCAAAAUGAAAUUAUGAAUCCUUUUUUUGAUGACUGGAAGGCCCUAGCAGAAGAUGAAAGCGGUUCUGGUGGCAAGCCAGAUGUUUAUCUUAAAGCAUACCAGUCAUUUACAGAUCUGCAGUACCUCAAGGACAGAACCAUUAGCUGUGUUCGCUGGCAUCCAACCCUUUAUGGGAUUAUAGCAGUGUCAGCAAGACAGCAGCUUUCUCAUGAAAAGCAAGUUAACCUGUCUAAUAAAUCAUUGCUGUACCAGUCAGUAAUACUUUUUUGGAGUUGUUUCGACCCUACCUGCCCUCAGUUAAUGCUGGAGUGUCCUGGAGACAUUUACUGCUUUCAGUUCAGUCCAGGCAAUCCAAAUAUCAUAGCUGGUGGCUGUGUCAAUGGACAGGUUGUACUGUGGGAUAUUUCUCAACAUGAAGAAAAACUGCAAAAUGCACAACCUAUUGCGGAUGAAAUCAAAGUAUCAGCUGUUAAUGUGGAAAAUGCUGGCAGUAUAUCUCCAUCACCAGUGCAAGUCCAGCAGAGUAGGACAGAGACACCUCUAGUGACAUACUGUGCAGUCUCUUCCAAGGACUAUAGUCAUAAAAAGCCAGUAACAGAUAUACACUGGCUGCCAGAUCAUUUUGAGAACAACCAAACGGGUGAUACUUCUGAAAACAGAGCUGAAAGUUUCCUGCAGCUUGUAACCUGCUCCCCUGAUUGCUCAAUAUUAUUUUGGGAUAUUCCAGACAUCAAACUUAAUGAAGAACCUUCAUCUGAGAACGUAAACGAGGAGAAAAACUUUUAUAUGCCCCCUGAUGUUCCAGACACUUUUGGGCUUGCAGAUCUCUGCUGGAAACCUCUCAUAAAGAUAGAUCUGCGUGAGAGUGAUACCAACACAGGGUACAGUCCUGUCAGAAUUAGUUUAAGGGAACUGCAUUAUCAUUACAAAACCCAAGGGAAGGGAGAGUCUCAGAACAUGCUAAGAACAUGCCCCGAAGAGAGCACACACACAGAGAUGAGUGCUUCUUCAAGCAAGUACCUGAAAAUGAUACACAGUGUGACCACAGACUUUUUUGUUGGAAAUGAAAAUGGAGAAAUUAUUUAUUCUGACUGGAAAGUGGAAAUCAAUACUGAUUCAGCAGAACCAGUUAGUCAGAAGCAAACUCAGAAGUACACCCUCCACACUGAACCUGUCAACACUCUCCAGAGAUCUCCAUUUUUUAAAGACAUCUUUCUAAGCAUUGGAGGCCAGAAUUUUGCCCUUUGGAAAGAAGGGGUUACAAAUGGACCAAUCCUUCAGUCAAGCUGCUCAUCAGGAAGAUACACUGCAGGACAAUGGUCCUUAACAAGACCAGGAGUUUUCUUCAUUGGCAGAGAUGAUGGAACUAUAGAUAUUUGGGACUUACUGAAGAAAACUUAUGAGCUGUCUCAUUCCCAGAACAUCUCCAAAUCAACCAUCACUUCCAUCAGCCCCUGGAUUGCCUCACCAGAGCAGCAUUUUUUAGUUGUUUCGGAUGAUCUUGGAGUACUGCAUGUUUUGGAAAUCUGUCAAACACUAAGUCAUCCUUCGAGGAAUGAGCAUGGCCACAUACUUGAUUACUUCGAAAGAGAAGUCAAAUAUCUGGAGUACUGUCAACAGGAGUUUCAAGAGUAUCAGAAGUUUCAAGCCAAAACAGAAUUGAAAUGGAGCUGGAGGCACAGAGAGAAAAAACAGUAUGUUAUACUUGGAAUUAAGAAAAUUUCCUAUGUUUCUUUGGGUCUUUGA